AUGAAAGCGCUUAUUUUAGUAGGCGGCUUUGGAACUCGUUUAAGACCACUAACAUUAAGUGUUUUAAAACCGCUUGUCGAGUUUUGUAACCGGCCCAUGUUAAUGCAUCAAAUUGAAGCUCUUGUUAACGCUGGUGUGCAUACUAUUAUUCUUGCAAUUAACAAAGAAGCCGACUGUCUCGAAAAAGAAAUAAGACGAAUGUGCAAAAUGGUAGUCGAAAAUUGCAAGGUCGAAAUUGUAUUUUCUUACGAGGUAGAACCACUGGGUACAGGUAAACGAGGUGGUCCACUUGCAAUGGCUCAAGAAAUUUUGGGUGGUUCCGAUGAACCGUUUCUUGUUCUCAAUGGUGACAUAGUUUGUAAAUAUCCCUUUGAGAUUAUGGUGGAGUUUCAUAAAUCCCACGGAAAGGAGGGCACCAUGGCCGUGACGAAGGUAAAGGAACCUAGUAGGUUUGGAGCAGUUGUCUUCAACGAUCGGUCAGGGGCCGUGCAACGAUUUGUCGAGAAACCUUUUGAUUUUAUUGCAAACAAAGUUAAUGCGGGGAUGUAUGUUUUCAACCCGUCAGUUCUGAGUCGAAUUAAGCCACAAUACACGUCACUUGAAAUGGACAUAUUUCCUCUAAUGGUUGAUGAGGGUGAACUGUACUGUAUCGAGGUUGAGGGAUUUUGGAUGGACAUUGGUCGGCCUAAAGAUUUUCUACUGGGAACACAACUUUACCUUGAAUAUUUGCGACUGAAUAAUCGUCUUGAACGUCGAGAUUCCCCCUCUAUCGUUGGUGAUGUCCUCAUUCAUCCUUCCGUCAAAAUUGGUAAUAACUGCAUGAUAGGCCCUAAUGUAACUCUCGGACCCGGUGUUUGCAUAGAGGAUGGCGUGCGAAUACGAGAUUCUGCCGUUCUCAGUGGAGCUGUGGUGCGCUCUCACUCAUGGCUCGGUGAGUGCAUUGUCGGAUGGAACUCCGAAGUUGGACAGUGGACUCGAUUAGAAAAUGGGACAGUUCUAGGCGAAAACGUGCAUGUGAACAAUGAAGUACUCCUGAACGGCGCUCUCGUAUUGCCACACAACUCCGUCUCUGAAUCUGUUCACGAACCACAAGUAAUCCUGUAG